CCCCCCCUGGUGCCACCAAGUUGUUACAUGAAAUCUGCAGUUUCAUAAUUUCCGUGGGUCGGGCCGGGCGGGCCAGGCGCUGGGCAGGGCGAUGGCCACCACUGGGGCCCUGGGCAACUACUACGUGGACUCGUUCCUGCUGGGCGCCGACGCCACGGAUGAGCUGAGCGUUGGCCGCUAUGCGCCGGGGACCCUGGGCCAGCCCCCACGGCAGGCGGCGACGCUGGCCGAGCACCCCGACUUCAGCCCGUGCAGCUUCCAGUCCAAGGCGACGGUGUUUGGCGCCUCGUGGAACCCAGUGCACGCGGCGGGCGCCAACGCUGUACCCGCUGCGGUGUAUCACCACCAUCACCACCACCCCUACAUGCACCCCCAGGCGCCCGUGGCGGCGGCGGCGCCGGACGGCAGGUACAUGCGCUCCUGGCUGGAGCCCACGCCCGGUGCGCUCUCCUUCGCGGGCUUGCCCUCCAGCCGGCCUUAUGGCAUUAAACCUGAACCGCUGUCGGCCAGAAGGGGUGACUGUCCCACGCUUGACACUCACACUUUGUCCCUGACUGACUAUGCUUGUGGUUCUCCUCCAGUUGAUAGAGAAAAACAACCCAGCGAAGGCGCCUUCUCUGAAAACAAUGCUGAGAAUGAGAGCGGCGGAGACAAGCCCCCCAUCGAUCCCAAUAACCCAGCGGCCAACUGGCUUCAUGCGCGCUCCACUCGGAAAAAGCGCUGCCCCUAUACAAAACACCAGACCCUGGAACUGGAGAAAGAGUUUCUGUUCAACAUGUACCUCACCAGGGACCGCAGGUACGAGGUGGCUCGACUGCUCAACCUCACCGAGAGGCAGGUCAAGAUCUGGUUCCAGAACCGCAGGAUGAAAAUGAAGAAAAUCAACAAAGACCGAGCAAAAGACGAGUGAUGCCAUUUGGGUUUAUUUAGAAAAAAGGGUGAGCUAGAGAGAAAAAGAAAGAACUGUCCGUCCCCCUUCCGCCUUCUCCCUUCUCUCACCCCCACCCUAGCCUCCACCAUCCCGGCACAAAGCGGCUCUAAACCUCAGGCCACAUCUUCCCCAAGGCAAACCCUGUUCAGGCUGGCUCGUAGGCCUGCCGCUUUGAUGGAGGAGGUAUUGUAAGCUUUCCAUUUUCUAUAAGAAAAAAGAAAAGUUGGGGGGGGGGCAUUAGUGCUGAUAGCUGUGUGUGUUAGCUUGUAUAUAUAUUUUUAAAAAUCUACCUGUUCCUGACUUAAAACAAAAGGAAAGAAACUACCUUUUUAUAAUGCACAACUGUUGAUGGUAGGCUGUAUAGUUUUUAGUCUGUGUAGUUAAUUUAAUUUGCUGUUUGUGCGGCAGAUUGCUCUGCCAAGAUACUUGAACACUGUGUUUUAUUGUGGUAAUUAUGUUUUGUGAUUCAAACUUCUGUGUACUGGGUGAUGCACCCAUUGUGAUUGUGGAAGAUAGAAUUCAAUUUGAACUCAGGUUGUUUAUGAGGGGAAAAAAACAGUUGCAUAGAGUAUAGCUCUGUAGUGGAAUAUGUCUUCUGUAUAACUAGGCUGUUAACCUAUGAUUGUAAAGUAGCUGUAAGAAUUUCCCAGUGAAAUAAAAAAAAAUUUUUUAAGUAUUCUCGGGGAUGCAUAGAUUCAUCAUUUUCUCCACAUUAAAAAUGCGGGCAUUUUAGUCUCUCCAUUAUCUAUAUAGUCCUGUCUUGUCUAUUGUAUAUAUAAUCUAUAUGAUUAAAGAAAAUAUGCAUAAUCAGACAAGCUUGAAUAUUGUUUUUGCACCAGACGAACAGUGAGGAAAUUCGGAGCUAUACAUAUGUGCAGAAGGUUACUACCUAGGGUUUAUGCUUAAUUUUAAUCGGAGGAAAUGAAUGCUGAUUGUAACGGAGUUAAUUUUAUUGAUAAUAAAUUAUACACUAUGAAACCGCCAUUGGGCUACUGUAGAUUUGUAUCCUUGAUGAAUCUGGGGUUUCCAUCAGACUGAACUUACACUGUAUAUUUUGCAAUAGUUACCUCAAGGCCUACUGACCAAAUUGUUGUGUUGAGAUGAUAUUUAACUUUUUGCCAAAUAAAAUAUAUUGAUUCUUUUCUA